UGGAGCCUUGACCUUAGAAACGAUAUACAAGCUUGAUCCGCAAGACACGUAGCACAGCUUCACGGGCUUAAACCUCCUGCUAAGACUCAACAAUGACGGCUGCUUAUCAUCCCACCUAUUUCAACCUCCACCAAACCACCUUCAAAAUAUCUCCUAUAAACCCAACCUCAGCAUUCCAUUACCUUCAACUCAGCCACCCCGUCUCCCCCAGAGAAUCCCACCCAUCCCAGACAAUUCCACAAUCCCGGUCCCCAGUUCCACCACCAUCCGGGCCUGAUUCAUUUAUAACCCCCAAAACCGAGCCUAUCUUAGACUAGGCUUUCAAAGUACUUGGCGUAGCAUCUGCAAUCCUGUUCAGAAUAUGGGCACCAAUUUCCUGCAGAUCUACAACGAGCGGCAACAACGGAAACGAUGUAUCCCAAAAGAACUCUCCAGUAGC